CUCCUCAUGAUUUUACUGCUCACACAAAGCCAAUCCUGGUGCUUUGCUGCUCUCAGGGCAAUAUCUGCCCUCAGGCAGAGCAGUUCUGUGGAGCCCAGCCAGGAGUGGGGAAUUUAUGGCUUGGUUUGGUACAAAACACAACGAUUACUGCAAUACAAGGAAUCAUAUCACGAUUAACAGCACAAAACUGCUCGGUGGAGAUUUAUCUGCAGCCAGGGAGAUUCCAAAGUGCUUCAAGGAUUGAUUUACCCAGAACACAAUCUGCUCUUCACACCCUGGCUGACCCCAGAGGGGAAGAUCAAAGCCCUGGAGGGCUGGGGAACAAAGGGGUUCCUCUAAAUCUCGCUCUGAGCCCCCAUCUCCCAGCAGAGAUGUUGUCCUGCAGCUCUGGGGACACACCAGGUGCUGGAGCUCCCAGAGGUGCCACAGGUGGGUUUUGUCAACCCCUCCUGAUGGAAGGAAAGCAGCCAAAGCCCCUGCAGGAGCUGAAAUGACUCUGUAGCUUUGGAGCCAGCACAUCCAAGCUCCUCUCAUGUUUGUUCAUGAGGAGGAAUUGUGCUCAUGAAGGAACAAAGGGCACCGAGUUCCAUCCUCGGGCCCCGUGGUCUGAACCCGCCUUGUUCACAUUUGGGACAAAAGGUUGAAGCACAAACCAUCUUUGUGACCCCAAAACAGGAUGAGAACACAGACAUGAGGCCCAGCAAACCCCAGGUGUCUGAGGAACCUUCAGCAAGUUCUGCCUGUGAAGUUCUCCUGGAAGUGGCUCAGAGCAGGCACACCUCACUGCACUGUGUUUUGUAUUAAAGCAUUUUGUCUGGAGAGCAGGGGAAUUCCUCUCAAACUCUGCAAUUUCUGCUCCUGACCUCUUUACCCCUUUUUUUCCCCCUUCUGUGAUGUCAUCACAUCCCUAGAUAGCUAAAAAAAACCAUUUUUGGGUCUUUUUAAUGACAUCUCUGCUACUCCCCUGAGCAUUUUUUCCAUCUCCACUUUGCUCAGCAAUGCACAUCAAGACCUCAGAAGAUUUUUAGAGCACCUAUUUUAAAAUCUACACAUCAGUAUAUGAAAAAAAAAAUAAUUAAACAUCAAGAGAAAAGCAAAGGUUGAGUGAGCUGCAAGCUGCAAAAACAACUUUUUUAAACAAAAUCUGAGCUGGAGGUGGAGGAAGAGAAAAUUUCCAGCACCAGAAGCAUCACAGUUUAAGUGCUCCAGCCUGGUGGGAAUUGUGACUCUGAGGGAAAAUCAAAAUUCCUUUUGCUGGACAUGGUGCUCCUGCUCCUUCUGGCAGCUCUGCUGCAAGAGCCCGUUUCCAGCAGCCUGCACGGCUCCAGGUUUUUGGCAGGGGCGCUGGGAGGCUCCAUCACCCACCAGUGCUUCUACUCCAGCAGCCCGGCCAACCGGCACCAGCGCAAAUACUGGUGCAGGGUGGCAGCCAGCGGCGCCUGCUACACCAUCGUGUCCAGCAGCUUCACCUCCAGCCAGUACAGGGGCAGGGUGGCCCUGGGGGACACCCCCCAGAACGGCUCCUUCAGGGUGACCUUGACAGGGCUGAGCAGCAGCGACUCGGGCACCUACAGGUGUGGAAUCGGCAGCACCAACCAGGGGCUCCACGUCAGCCUCAACCUGACGGUUUUGCCAGAUGCCCCGGUGUCCAGGCCAGCCCAGCUGAUCCCAGGGGAGCUGCACGGCUCUGUCACAGUCCUGUGCCCCUCUGGGGACACCCAGGGCGGCCAGGAGAGGUUCUGGUGCAAAGUGGGCAGAAGCAGCUGCACUCUCGUGGCCAGCUCCGGUGGCUUUGUGGGCAGGAGGUACCAGGGACGGGUCGUGAUCAGCCCCCAGGACAGCUCUGGAGCUUUCAGAGUCCUGAUGAACGACUUGAAGAAGGAGGAUUCGGGGCUGUACGUGUGUGGGACACAAGGACCGAGGGGGCAGGAGAGCCCACAGGAGGUGGUUCUGCAGGUGGCCACAGCCUCCAUCCUGCCCAGGAGACCCAAAUUCCUCAGUGGCACGGUGGGGGGCUCGGUGACCUUCCAGUGCCACCACGACCCCCGGGGCACCUACGAGCAGCAGUACCUGUGCAGGUGGGAGGCAGGGAGCUGCCCCCUGCUGCUGGACCUGCAGGGCUUCGUGCUGGAGUCCUACCAGGGCAGGAUCCAGAUGUCCAGCAGCGGCCCCGGCAGCUCCACGGUGCUGCUGAGGCAGCUGAGGGAGGAGGAUGAAGGCUGGUACUGGUGUGGGGCCAGGAGUGGGGACUCUGAGCUCACGGCCCCCCUGAUGCUGCUGAUCCACAAGGAAACCUUCUCCUCACGAGACCCAGGAACGAGCCCCCCUGUGAGACCCACGGCACUAAAUCCUGCUGCCCACAGCACAGCCUGGCACAGGAGCGUGGCAGGGAUGGGCACUGUCCCCAAGGGCACCUCGAUGGGCACUGUCCCCAAGAGCUACACAAUGGGCAGUGUCACCCAGGACACCACCAUGGGCACUGUCCCCACGGGCACCUCGAUGGGCAGUGUCACCCAGGACACCACCAUGGGCAGUGUCCCCAAGGGCUCCAGCAUGGGCAGUGUCCCCAAGGGCUCCUCGAUGGGCACUGCCACCCAGGACAGCAGCUCCCCACUGCCCACUGCCACCCCUGGCACCUCUGCAGCCUCCCCAGGUGAAACCUUCCAGGAGAGCUCCUCAGGUGAGCCAGGGCUGCUCCCUGCUGUGUUACCAGCUCUGCUUCUGCUGAUUUGUGUCACCAUCACCAUCCUCACCCUGGCCAAAAUCAAGCUUCAAAAGCAGACAGGAGAAGAAAGAAGCACCAUGGGGAGCCUGGAUCCAGCUCAGGCUGGGCUGAGCCCUGGCAGGGAGGGAAGGAUGGAGGAGAAGCCAGGAGAAGAGCAGGAGUUCAGGAUGGGCUCUGGCAAAUGUAGGACAAUCUCUGCUAUCCUUGGAAAUAUCAGGAUGAUCAGCUUCUAUAGAAAAAUUCCUUUUCCAGGUGCCUGAUGAAGACUUGAGCCAGAACCUUCUGUGAAAGCCCCUGGGUGCCAGAGCUGGGAAUUUUCUCUGUGGAAAGCCAAGUCCCCAACACCUCCCAUUGCUCUCCUCAGAACCCAAAUCCCCUUUGCUGAGAGCUGAACCCCCACAGUGCCCAAAUUGCUCCUUGUUUUGCAGAAGAGAGAAUUAAAAACCACUCCUGAACCCAGCUAUUUGUGGGUUGUUUCCCUGAGGGAAAAGCAAAUCUGGGGAGGGGUGAGGAGGGAAGGACCUUUGUGGUUUCAGGGGUGCUCAUAUCAGAGAAUCACAAAAUGGUGUGGGUUGGAAAGGAUUGAGUUCUCAAAAAAAAAAAAAAAUAGGAUUUUCUAUUUGGUUUUCUUUUCAAUUCUGAUCCAUGGAGUAAUUUUCCAAACCACGUCUCACUUCAGUUUCUCAGACACCCACAUUCCCAAAGUGCUGUUUUUCCUUCACCUCUCCUGCAGGGAUAUCCCCA